AUGCCAAUCGGUAUCCAACGCCUCAACGCCCCCCGUCCCCAACCUUCCUCCCGCAUAAUCUUCAUCAAGCCCCUCCCCGGCCCCACCUCCGCCUACGCCCUCGACUUCCUGGAACGCAUCGCCGCAAUCUGCCACCCCGUUAUGACGCACGCCCACCUCUCCGUCAUGACGCUCGAAGAACACGAACCCAACCCCGAGUUCAUCGGCCGGAACUUCAACGCCGGGGAGAUCAUCCAGCUGGUGCUCAAGGCGCCGUACACGGGUCGCUGGUUGAGCUUCCGGAGCGUGCAGAUGGUGAUGAUGCACGAGCUGGCGCAUUGCCUGCAGAUGAACCACGGGAGGGACUUUUGGAAGGUGCGGAAUCAGUUUGCGGGGGACUUGAGGGGGUUGUGGGCGAAGGGGUAUACGGGGGACGGGCUUUGGGGGAGAGGGCAGACCUUGUUGAGUGGAGAGUAUCAUACCGGGGGGAGGACGGAAGAUGACGUGUCGCCGGCCCAUGUGUGUGGUGGGACGUUUAGGAGUUCGAGGGGGGGGAAGAGGAAGAGGGGUGGAGCUGGCUCCGAGAAGAAAAAAGAGACGUAUGCGGAGAGGCAGCAAAGGAGGAUUAAGAAGAAGUUUGGGGUCAAUGGACAAGCUUUGGGCGGGGACGAGGAGACGAAGGUGAAGUUGGAAAGGGGGAAUAAGGCGAAGGGGAAGCCCAGGGUUGCGGGAAGUCUGCGAGGAAGGGAGUUGAGAGCUGCGGCGGCGUUGGCGAGAUUUGAGGAGAAGAAAGAGGAGGAAAAGGAGGUUAAAGAUGAAGAGUGGAUGCUGAGCGGCAGUGAGACGGAGAGUGAUUGCGAUGACAUUGAGGUUGAGGGGCAGGCCUUUGAGCUUGAUGGCUCGCGGAUGCGAGACGACAAGGGUCGUGGCAUGGUCAAGGUCUGCGAGGACGAGGAUCAAGAUGAUGUUCAUGUGAAGCAAGAGAUCGAAGAGCUGCAGGGGUUGGACGAUCUUGGUUUAAUUUCACGGACGACGGCAGUAAGAGACCGGACUACCAUUGAGCGGAAAGAAUCUCGUGGUGCGGAUAGAGCGGGAACAAGCUCGAGCCGAGCAUCAGCAACGAGCGACAUAGACCCUCCAGAUCGAAUACGCAUGGAAGAUAUACCGCAGUACGUCGAAAGAAAGGACCGGCCAAGCGCAAGCAAUACAAAAGCCGUCCGAAUUAACAUCCGUCCCUUGCUUCAUGCUGACAAAGACACGCCCAAUACCACAGCAUCGUCAGCGUCCAAUCCUCCAGCAACGGCACCAACGGAAACAUCAGAACCUUCAGAAAUGAUGUGUCCAAUCUGUUCCAUGUCAAACGGACUCGGCUCGCUCCUGUGCAUAGCAUGUAGUCAUGUCUUGGACACGAGUAAGAUCACAAGAUACUGGCGAUGCCGAAGAGAUGCAUGCGAAGGAAGCCAGUACAUCAACGCUGCGGACUGUGGACGUUGUGGAAUCUGUGGAAGUCGGAAAGAUGAUGGCGAGUUUUGA